CACUACUGCAGCAAAAAGAAAACCUAACAAGCGAUUGAAACGUCGAAUCGAACAAUUUAUAAACGAUUCGGAUCAUGAUGAUGUAAAUAUAUCAAAUUCUCGUAUGAUGCUUGAUGAUAAUUAUUUUGUUCAAAGACCUGUAGAGGUUAUAGAAAUGACCGAUGAGUAUGUUAGUAAUCAAGGUCGAUCACGUUUAACACGGCGAGAAAUUAUAGAGAAGCAAAAUGAAGAAAGUCGUCGUCUCAAUGAGGAGAAUGCGAAUAUUUAG